ACAAAUUAGGGUUUUAGCUCAUCAACCGAAACCAAAAUUCGUCCGAUUGAGCACUUCAGAAAUAAAUUAUUUUCACUUUUCCCCCAAAAUCUUUUGAAUCGAUGGAAGAUAAAGGCGCAAUCACGAACCCUAAAAGCACACAAGAUCUAGCAAUGGAUGGUCAGAAGCAUUUGGAAGACACAAUCGAAGCAGCUUUCCAAAUCCUCUGUUCCAUGAACGACGAGCUCUGCAACCCAGCCCUGUGGUCCACAACUGCUUCUUCUACUGCUGCUACUACCACUUCUACUAAUGCUACUAGCUCUGCUGUGAGCAAUGGACAUCACCAUGCUUCUCACUCCUCAAACGGCGACGUUUCGUCUGAUUCUUCGCACCACUUCGAGAUGGGCGGUGGAGCUCUCGACGAGGCUCGUCUCCGCUACAAGUCUUCCAUUGCAGCUCUCCGAGCGGUUAUCAGUGCGAUUCCCAAUUCUCAGAAGGUAAAAGCAUACGAAAUAGGCCCAGCAACAAGCAGUUCUUCAGUGGAUCAUGCUGAAAUUGAGAAGCUGGAAGAGCGAGCCUCUGCUUUAAGAAAGGUAUUUCUUAAUUUCUUUUCCUUCUUCAAUAAAAAAGAUACAUGUGGUAAAUCUUAUGGCUUCUAGGUUCUACAGUUUGGUAUUUUCCUGACUUGGAAUUGUCGGAAGAUGUUGCUUUUUGAGUUUUGGAUGGUGGAGCAUUGGGGUUUACAUGUGGUUUGAAAAAUAUUGCCCCUCCUUUUGAGGGGUAGUACCAUAGUAGUGCUGCUGUUCGAGCUGAGAUAGACUACAAGAAGAGGGAGAAAAAAAAGAAGGAAAAGAUGAGAAGGAAAACCUUCAACGGAGCUCACAAAUCGAAACGAUUAUCUCAAAGUUCUUAUUGAUCAGCUUCGCGACCUCAUAACCGACAUAUCAACAUGGCAAAGUCCUUGUUCUGUUUGAGGUUCAGAUGUCUUUAAUGAU